AUGGUAAAGGAGAAUCAAGAUACCCAGCAGACAUUGGCUGAAUUUGCAACUAAUAUCUCCUUGCUAAUAAAGAAGUUUGAUGAAACCCAGAUUAAGAAGGUAAAUGUUUGUGAGGAUGAUGCAGGUGUGCCGAAAGGGAUGUACCAGACCCAUGAGGGUCCGUUUCAUGAGGGACCUCCUAUGCAGGUUGAAGAUGCUAAUUAUGUGAAUAAUUCGCAAGGGGGUUAUCAAAGACAGAACUACCAAGGUGGUUACCAGAACCAAAAUCAAUGGAGACCUCAGCAGGGUCAGGGUGCUUACAACAACAACAACUCUGGGAACUACAAUAAUAAUAAUUAUGGUGGUACGAACCAAGGGAGCUACAACAACAGCAACAAUUUUGGGAACAAGAGUUCCAAUCUUUAUAUACCACCAAAAGGGCAAUCAACAGAGCAAGGUAGUUCGAGGGUUGAAGUAAUGCUUGAGAAGGUCUUGGCAAAUCAAUCAAAGUCUGAGAGGACUUUAUCUGGGCUAAUAGAGAUAGUAGGUUCCCAUACAGCAGCUAUUUAG